AUGUCUUACUCUGCUCAGCCUCUGGCUCAAUCAGCCUCAAAGACGAUGGCCCAGUCGUACGGCUCAUAUCCCAUCUCUAGCACUCCUCCUCGUCCCUCCAUGGGUCCACCAACCCCCUUCCACCAACAACACCAGCAGCAGCAGCAGCACACGACGGAACAAUUCCUAGUUGGUCCCAGCUCCGAUGCUCCGCCUUCGUCGACAUAUGCAGCGCAAGCAGUGGGAAACGGCAGCUCUGCACUGAUCGCUCACACGCCUGGCAAAAUCUCCACCACGCAGUCCAGCACUUCGCAAGUCCAACGGAGCGCACCCGCUUCAGCACCUGUUGCGUCCUCGGCGGCGAUCACCCCUUCAUCAGUGCUCCAACGCUUGACAAGUCAAGCGUCCAAGCUCGCUCUCAACAGCUCGUCGGACGCCGCACAAGCUUCUCAUACUACUCCUACAAGACAAGAGUUGAGAUCCAGAUUGAAAUGGAACGUUGGUGCGGUGCUCUUGCUUUGGGGAGGCGUCACGCCUGAUUGGGUUCUGACGCUUUCCGAUGAAGCUUUCAGCUUGCUAGACGACGCGUCACCAGCGCUCGCGUCCACUCUUUCUUGGUGCAGACUGGCCGCAUUGAUUCUGCUUAGCCUGAACAUCUUGGAAGCUUCAGUUCAGCUCUACACGGGCCAAACGGCUGGCUCCAACGCAGCGCCCAGCAAGCUGCCGCCCUCAAAGCCCUCUUUCGCUCAGCCACCUGGCAGGCCUACUUCAAGCGCAAGCCCCCACGCCACAGCUGCACGCAACCAGCCCUCUAGCUCUGCCGCUCGAAACAAAUCCACCACCCCUCAUGCACUUUGUAAAGGAUCGCCCCUGAGAGCAAGCAUAGAUGCGGCGAGGCGCGUGAGCGCCAGCGGGCGCGAUCUCAAUCCGGCCCUCUCUUACCAAUCCUCGAGUCCGGCAUCACUAGGCUCAAGUCGGCAUCCGAGCAACGCUUUCAGUGCAGAUCGUCUGGACUUGACUGCGAGAAGACCAAAACAGUACGGCUCCCUAGGCAUCCACGGUUCUGGAAGUCGCACAAGCUCUCCGUCUUCUAGCAGGGACGUCUCGGGAACCAUGGCCGCCUUCAAGGCAAGACGAUCGCACAACUCUUCUUCUUGGCGAGACGAGUCUUUUGAUCCGGAUGAAUCAACGGACAAGCUGGAAGUGGAAAGAGCGCUGUUGGCACUACGUCGAAGCGCUAGCAGCUCCGUUCCUCCUCCUCAAGCAAGCGCUGAUCAGCUCUCGACCAACUUGACAUCCUCUACCGUCAGUACGCAACAACAGCCAGGGCAAGCCACGCCCAACUUCAAUCUGAGCAGCAGGGAUGCCAGCUUCGUCACGCCAGCCUUCAAAACGCCUGGAACAGUGACUUUUCGCUGA